GCCGGCCCGACUCGCAUGGAAGGAGCCCGCGCCCGCGGAGCGCAGCCGGGAGUCGGGGAGCGCGCGGGGCCGGCGGGGCGCGGCGCGGGGCGCAGCAGGCACCAUGGCCCGGAGCGGGGUGCUGCUGCUCCUGCUGCUCUUGCCACCGCAGCUGCAGCUGGCGCGGGCGCUGGCGGCCAGGGCCCAGGGGAGCAGCCGGAGCAGCGGCCCUGAGCUGAGCCCCGAGGAGAAGGAGUUGGUGGAGGAGGAGCCGGUGCUGGUGCUGGGCCCCGAGGAGCCUGUGGCUGGGCCCCCCGAGGCCGACUGCCCCCGGGAGUGCGCCUGCUCCCAGGAGGGGGUGGUGGACUGCGGUGGCAUCGACCUGCGAGAGUUCCCGGGAGACCUGCCCCAGCGCACCAACCACCUGUCCCUGCAGAACAACCAGCUGGAGAAGAUCUACCCCGAGGACCUCUCUCGGCUGCACGCGCUGGAGACCCUCAACCUGCAGAACAACCGCCUGACGUCCCGAGGGCUCCCGGAGGAGGCGUUUGAGCACCUGAACAACCUCAAUUACCUGUACCUGGCCAACAACAAGCUGACCCUGGCACCCCGGUUCCUGCCCAGCACCCUCGUCAGUGUGGACUUUGCUGCCAACUAUCUCACGAAGAUCUACGGGCUCACUUUUGGCCAGAAGCCGAAUUUGAGGUCCGUGUACCUGCACAACAACAAGCUGGCGGACGCCGGGCUGCCCGACCACAUGUUCAACGGCUCCAGCAACGUGGAGAUCCUCAUCCUGUCCAGCAACUUCCUGCGCCACGUGCCCCGGCACCUGCCUCCCGCCCUCUACAAGCUGCACCUCAAGAACAACAAGCUGGAGAAGAUCCCACCGGGUGCCUUCAGCGAGCUGAGCAACCUGCGAGAGCUCUACCUGCAGAACAACCACCUGACCGACGAGGGCCUGGACAACGAGACCUUCUGGAAGCUCUCCAGCCUGGAGUACCUGGACCUGUCCAGCAACAACCUGUCGCGGGUGCCGGCGGGGCUGCCGCGGAGCCUGGUGCUGCUGCACCUGGAGAAGAACGCCAUCCGGAGCGUGGACGCCGACGUGCUGACCCCCAUCCGCAACCUCGAGUACCUGCUGCUGCACAGCAACCAGCUGCGGGCGCCCGGCAUCCACCCGCUGGCCUUCCAGGGCCUCAAGCGGCUGCACACGGUGCACCUGUACAACAACGCGCUGGAGCGCGUGCCCAGCGGCCUGCCCCGCCGCGUGCGCACCCUCAUGAUCCUGCACAACCAGAUCGCCGGCAUCGGCCGCGACGACUUCGCCACCACCUACUUCCUGGAGGAGCUCAACCUCAGCUACAACCGCAUCACCAGCGCGCAGGUGCACCGCGACGCCUUCCGCAAGCUGCGCCAGCUGCGCGCCCUGGACCUGUCAGGCAACCAGCUGCAGACGCUGCCCGCUGGGCUGCCGCGCAAUGUGCACGUGCUCAAGGUCAAGCGCAACGAGCUGGCCGCCUUGGCGCGCGGGGCGCUGGCCGGCAUGGCCCAGCUGCGCGAGCUCUACCUCACCGGCAACCGGCUGCGUAGCCGCGCCCUGGGCGCCCGGGCCUGGGCAGACCUGGAGCAGCUGCAGCUGCUGGACAUUGCGGGGAAUCAGCUCACGGACAUCCCCAGCGGGCUCCCAGAGUCGCUCGAGUACCUGUACCUGCAGAACAACAAGAUCAGCAUGGUGCCCGCCGAUGCCUUCCAGUCCACACCCAACCUCAAGGGGGUCUUUCUCAGGUUUAACAAGCUGGCGGUGGGCUCGGUGGAGGAGAGCGCCUUCCGCAGGCUGAGGCACCUGCAGGUGCUGGACAUCGAGGGCAACUUUGAGCCCGGGACUUCCAAGGAGCCAGGCCGGUCGGAGCAGGAAACAGAGGAGGACGAGGAGGACGAGGAGGAUGAGGAAGUGCGAUAGUGACCAGAUGGACAGACAGCUGGACACCCUUCCCGGGGCCUCAGCUCUCCCCUGCCUGCAGUGUUUCUCACGUCAGACCUGGCAGACACGCCCAGCCGCCCCCAGCUGACUGCACAGCCACCACCCACACCUCCCAGCAGCGGUCCUGAGCCUGCGCGGGCACAUGCAGUGCUGCUCCCUCCCCCCGGGCCAGUGAGCACACCACGCACUGGUCAGAGCCCUCCGUGACCUGGCCGGGGUCACUGGCGCCUCUUGUCCCAGCUGGAGGCAGGCAGAACGCCUCACCAGUUGCCACCUGUCCCGCAAGAAGACAGUUACCUCCAAGCUCUGUGGCCCAGGGCCACCACCCUCAGACUCAUAGGAGCUGGGUUUUGUUCCUUCCCUGGCUUGGGGCCCAGGACCCUCACCUGGCCCCAGUGUCCAGGAAGUCCACCCGCACCCCCUCCAACUGCUAGGACCAUCCCUUGGUGGACGAUCUGGCCCACCUUGCCCGGAACAUCUGUGAUGGGCCACUCAGGGUGACUUGCCAGGACAUUCUUGGGGGCAGCCAGCCGGGGAGACCGAGGCCAGUGGGUACAGGUGAGCAUCCACCUGGACCCGUGAGAUACCUAUUUUCAUUCUUUGGGCCUGUGGGGGAAUUCUGGGAACCUCUGGGUGUUUUUGUUUGUUUGUUUAUUUCCUUUUUCCUUUCUUCCUUUUUUACUCUUUUAUAAGAAAAGAAAAAAAAAAGAUAAAAAUGUGGAAGAUGUUACUUGUCACUGAAAAGCUAAUAUAAAGCAUCACCCUG